CCUGUCCACGUCCAUGGCACCAUGAAAUGGCAGGUCACGACAUCCAAGGUCACGGCUAAGGAAAGCCCUACAACGGAACAGUUUGAUGCAGUCAUGGUGUGUAAUGGCGGGAGAUAUUCCGUCCCGUUUACUCCGGUCAUCCCCGGUACAGACCAGUUCCAGGGCAGGACCAUGCACAGCCAUGACUUCCGAGUACCAGAACCGUACACUGGGAAAAACGUCGUCAUCAUGGGGGCUUCCACUUCAGGGAUAGACCUAUGUGUUGAGCUGUCUCGGGUCGCCGAACGUGUCGUCAUCAGUCAUUCUAACCCACCUAUCAUGAAAAUAAACAAGCUACCUCCUAACGUUACACAAGCCCCUAGAGUAGAAAGUAUCGUGGGCCCGAACACAGUCAGGUUUCAGGACGGACAAGAGUUCCUCGCAGACAAUAUCGUCUACUGUACAGGUUACAGCCUCAGCUUCCCAUUCCUUACACCCGAAUGUGGCAUCACUAUCAACGAUGGCAGGGCUUACCCACUGUACAAGCAUAUCACUAACACCACCUAUCCUACUAUGUCGUUUGCAGGGCUCACACACCAUGCCCUAACAUUUGCCUUGUUUCAGCUCCAGAUCAAGUUUGCUCUCGGCGUCUUGGAUGGCAGCAUUAGCCUUCCCUCUAAGGCAGCCAUGGAUCAUGAAAUUGACGAAGACUUUAGAUCACGUCUAGAAGCAGGCCUAGCUCCACGCAAGGCCCAUGCUAUAUUCCCUCUGUAUAUGUCAUAUGUCACAGAUUUAGCAAUGGUGACCAGGCAACCUUUCCCUCAGGGUCAAACCGAAAUGUUUAUGGAUGCCUUCGCGCGUCGGUUUUCUGAUCCUCAGCACUUUAGAAAUGCAGAGUACAAGAUAACAGGACCGGAGACAUGGGAGAGGGUUCCCCACCAAAGUAAGGAACAACAGUUGUCGACUGCUAAGUAAAGUACACUACUUGUCAGAACUUUUGAUCGCGAUUCGAUGCUGUGUAAGUACUUCAGCUGCUUCAGCUGAAAGGUUGACUCUCACU